AUGUCGAUUACUGGAGGAGGCUUAAUACGGAAUGUGAAAUACGUGGGAUAUUUUUUUUUUUUCGAAGAAAUUCAAGAUGCGUCAACGCACCACUUGGAGCCAAGCCAGUCAACUGAUUCAAAUCGUUUCAAAGCACAGUUAGAAAAAAGGAAUUUUCUUGGAAAAGAGCUUCUGCAAAAAUUAAUCUUCUAUUCAGAAUGGCUUAUUCAGGAUAAGUCAAAGAAAAUUUUCAAGAUUGUUGAGACCAUAAAAGAUGAGAGUUCUCUUGCUGAAUGGUUAACAAAAGCUGUGGUAGACCUUAUUUCAUUUUAUCUUAAUGAGGAAUUGGUUAUUAGCACCUUAUGUUUUGGCGGAUACCAUACUUACAGAAUUACCCCAACUCAACGUAAAAAAUGUGAACAUUUAAUUACUGAACUUGUAUAUCAACGUGACCUUAUCCGUCAACUUCUUAAGAACAAGAUAUCCUCACCAAGAUUCGAAUGGUUAUAUCAAAUGAGAUUCUACUUUAAUGCAUGUCUCGAACAUCCUCUUGUUGGUGUUCCUCUUACCGCUUUUUCCUCAACUUGGAGGUUCACCCUUCAGUCCAGGUAA